AUGCUUGUCAUACUGGUGUACACCACACAAAAACACGAAUUUGAUAGAAAUACCACAAAAACUUUACACUAUGAUAGGAAGCUGAUGGAUUCGACUCAGAACUUACGAUCGGCGCGAAAGGAAUCAAAAGUGGUGCACCGAACUCUCCACCUUGCUGGCACCUUGAUGAACGGCAGAUCGAAUACACGGAAGGAAUUCAAUCAGCCACGGGAUACCAAAAUGAUGCGAAGUCAAUCAAAUGCUUGA